AUGCUGGUGACGUCACUGCUGGGCGACGAGAGCCCCGGAGAGGCGGAAGAGCGCCGUGCAGGAGAGCAGCAGCGACCCGCGAGCAUUCUUUUUCCUUGUCGAAGAGAUGCCCAAGGUGAAGAGGAGCAGAAAGCCGCCUCCAGAUGGCUGGGAAUUGAUUGAACCAACCUUAGAUGAACUGGAUCAAAAAAUGAGAGAAGCUGAGACCGAGCCACACGAAGGGAAAAGAAAGGUAGAAUCUCUUUGGCCCAUCUUCAGAAUUCAUCAUCAGAAAACACGCUAUAUUUUUGAUCUCUUCUACAAAAGGAAAGCCAUUAGUAGAGAGUUGUAUGAAUAUUGUAUCAGAGAAGGUUAUGCAGACAAAAACUUGAUUGCCAAGUGGAAGAAACAAGGGUAUGAAAACCUCUGCUGCUUACGCUGCAUCCAGACCCGCGAUACCAAUUUUGGAACCAACUGCAUCUGUAGAGUGCCCAAAAGUAAACUGGAAGUGGGGAGAAUAAUCGAGUGUACUCACUGUGGCUGCAGAGGCUGCUCUGGAUGAAGCAUUCUUCAAAAGCAAUCCUGACUGUUUCAGAGGUUCUAAGUGACUGUUAUCAUCAAGGACUGCUCAUAAGAACUGUUUUUUUCAUAACAAACUGGCUGUGAGAUCGUCCCCUUUGCAUCCCAAAAUAGAGUAACUGAAUGUGUAAAUGCAGUAGUGUUUUGAUGUCCUGUGUAGUCAUUGUAUUUUAAAAUAAAGUCUUGCCUACUUCUCCCAAAA